UACUUUUUACUUUUUGUAAAAAAAAGUUCUUGACUUGCAAUGUGUUGGUUUAUUUGUAAAACAUGUUUAUAAUAUUUUAUAGUAAUAUUCAAUUUUUAUGAAGAUUGAUUUUAAAACUUAAAAGGUUAAUUUCUCUCAAUUUAAGUUUGCAUGAACUUUAAUUCAGCUUAUAUAAGCUCUUUAUAUAAAGAGACAAAUGUAAUUGGCGCACAUUCAACAUAGUUUUACUUAAUUAUACAGCUCUUAUAAAUUCCGAAUGUAGGAAAACCAAUUUUAUUUGGCUGUGUAUGUAUAAUUAUAAUAUUUAAUUUAAUAUUUAUGAUAUUUUUAUCUUUAACAUUACCCAGUCCAUUCUGUGUGCAUUUCUUAAAUUAAUUGAUGUAAAUGCGAGACAGUAAUCAGAGCUAAUUCUCUAAUCGAAUGAAUCUCUUUGUACUUUGGUGGAUUAAAUUUUAUGCGAUAACGUACAGCGUGGGUGCUUCAAAGGGAGUUGCUAUGACGAUUCUGACGUCACCAUGAUACUACCGUCUUUGUAUUAAGGAUAACCAUUGUUUUCGCACAAAUAAAGCUGGGCUUGUGAUACAUAUUGAUUUUCUUUACUCGGGAACAAUCCAUAGUUUUCAGAGUUCACAGUCACGUGUAAAGAAUCCUGAAGAAUUGGAGAUAAAGAUUUGAUUCUAUAUGUGUGUACUAUAUUAUGCAACUCUAGUUGGUUAAAUUAAUGAAACAUUGUUUUAUUUUAUUUUAAUUUAACUAAAAAAAAAUUAUAUUUUGUAAUACCUUAAGUUGAAUAGAUAGAAAACAUUUCCAUACUCUUGGUUAUUAUGAAAUAAUGAAUUGCAUACAUAAUUGGUUAUAUUUUUAAUAUUUCUGUCAGUAAACUGAUCAAUUUUUUAAAAUUAGUUCUUUAUCUUAAUGUAUAAUGUUUUCUUCCUGAUGUAAAAAAAAACAUGAAUUUUGAAAUUUUAUUAAGUAUAUAAUAUUUAAUGAAAAUUGAUCUUUACGAUAGUUGAUACAAUAAAAAGAAUAAAAUUUGCAAUUUGUUAGAAGGCCUAUAGUGAGAAUUUAAUUAUACAUACAAAUUUUAAAUGUUGCACAUUUCAGGUUAUCUUAAUAUUCAAAAUAUUUAGCGCGCGCUUUUUAGGCCGCCAUGACACUUUCGGUGACUCAUCAGUACGGAGAGUGCAGCGCGAAUAACUCCGUGAUUGUUCGCGAAUUUUAUCCGUUAAUAAUGCGUAACGAGCAUGAGUUUUGGUCGGGAAUGACGCUCAAAGUGACGAGCGAUUGCCGGAACAUAUCGGUUACCGUGGGUUUUCCCGAUUACCGCCGUUUCGAUGAUUUGCUGCUACGUGCAAUGCCUCGGAACCGUUAUGGACCCCGAUUCAAAUCUCGGUGAGUUCAGAUUCCGGUGACACAGGCACGCGAAAAUGAUCCUUACAUCCUCAUGUGAGAGAAUCGACUAGCGAGACUGGCGUAUUUUCUUUCAGACGUAGUACGUCGCGAAAUGUAUGGCAGUAUUCCACAAUUUACUGCCAGAAUUAAAAAUCUAUGAUAUCUAUAAUGUGAGUUCACGCGAUAGUUGAUUUUGGUACAUACAUCGGGAUGCAGCCAGAAAGCUGCGUAUCGACAAUGCAAAACGAUACCGUUGAGAGUUACAAAAUUCGGAUUAUACGCAUACGCGUGUUAAUUACGUCUAAUGAAACAUUCGCUACGAUUAAAUAAAUAACGGAAUAAACUGAAAAUAAUGUGCUAUAUGUAUAUAUAUUAUGUAUCGAUCGGUAACUGAUUCGGUAGAAAAUGAAUUUACGAUAAUUUUGUUAAGUAAACUCUGUACAAUCUUUAAGAGCAUUUUUCCGAUGUUUUCAAAACGUUCUUUUAACAUUUUAAAGACAUUUUACAAUUCGAUUUUAGACUUUGUGUUUUCUGAGUAUAAAUUCUACAAUCGCGGUCGGUAUGUCGGUAAGUAAGGGAUGUUAUUUUAUCUCAUGCCGAGAUGUAUACCAUGUCGAUAAUACAAAGGCGCGGACAAUUUCGAAUCGUUAUACGAAUUCUAUGUAAUUGCAAUGUACGUAUAGGAUUAUUUGAGCAAAUGACAAAAGAUUAUUUUGCAUAUUGAAUGUGCACAUAAAUAAACUAUUGCUUAUAGUCAUAUCUGUAAAUUAAAAAUAAAAUUAGAUGUAAUUAAUAUUGUGAUUGUUUGUAGAAUUAUGUGCCUAAAUUAAUUAAAAAUGGGUAAUUGCGUAGAAUUGUGAAAAUUUUGUUUUAUUAGCCAUGAUUCCUGCUUGUACUUGUUUUAGAUUAAACUGGAAAAUUGUAGUUAUUUCUUUAAUUGUAGAAUUUUGUGCACAAGUUAAUCGAGAUAGAACUUAGCAGUAACUGUGAUAAUUUUUUCUUUAGCCACGAUUACUGUUUGUAAUUAUUCUGUAUCUUAAAAUUACUAACUCGACGUAAUUAUUUUUAUAAUCGUUACAUAGAAUAAUGUGCAUUAAUUAAUCGAAAUGCUUAUAUUUAAAGUAGGUUAUUGAUAGUAUUUACAGAUAUAACAAUUGAUAUUUAUGCAUGCUAUAUAAUUGAUAAGCAGUAACUGUGAUAAUUUUUUCUUUAGCCACGAUUACUGUUUGUAAUUAUUCUGUAUCUUAAAAUUACUAACUCGACAUAGUUAUUUUUGUAAUCGUUACAUAAAAUAAUGUGCAUUAAUUAAAUGAAAUGCUUAUAUUUAAAGUAGGUAAUUGAUAGUAUUUAUAGGUAUAGCAAUUGAUAUUUAUGCAUGCUAUAUAAUUGGUGAGCAGUAACUGUGAUAAUUUUUUCUUUAGCCACGAUUACUGUUUGUAAUUAUUCUGUAUCUUAAAAUUACUAACUCGACGUAGUUAUUUUUGUAAUCGCUACAUAAAAUAAUGUGCAUUAAUUAAUUGAAAUGCUUAUAUUUAAAGUAGGUAAUCGAUAAUAUUUACAGAUAUAGCAAUUGAUAUUUAUGCAUGCUAUAUAAUUGGUGAGCAGUAACUGUGAUAAUUUUUUCUUUAGCCACGAUUACUGUUUGUAAUUAUUCUGUAUCUUAAAAUUACAAACUUGAUGUAGUUAUUUUUGUAAUCGUUACAUAAAAUAAUGUGCAUUAAUUAAUUGAAAUGCUUAUAUUUAAAGUAGGUAAUCGAUAGUAUUUAUAGGUAUAGCAAUUGAUAUUUAUGCAUGCUAUAUAAUUGAUAUGUACAUAUGUAUAUAAUUAGUAGUAUUUAUGCAUGUAAUUAUUAGCAGUGAUUGCGAUAAUUUUCUGAUUAGCCGCUAUCGCUGCAUGUAAAUUAGAAGCAGAAAAUUGAUAUAAUUAAUACUGUUAUUAGUUGUAGAAUCAUGUGUUUAAUCGGAAUAUGAAGUAAUAAUUGGCACAUCAGUAAUCGCGAUUAUUCUUUCAUUAGCCGCGCUCAUUACUUGUAAUUGUAUCAUAAAUUAUAAUCGUUAGUUUGUUAUUAGCUGCUGUGAAUGUUAUAGUUAUAAAAAUUAUUUGCAUGAAUUUAUUAUUCGUCAGAAUCUAUUAAAUUUUUUUUACUAGUUGAUUUGAAUUUAUUAAGUUUCUUUAAUAUCACAAUGCUAUUUAUAAAAGAAAACAUUGCAAUGUAGACAUAAUAGUGAAUUACAAAUGAAAUUGCUGUGGUUACUGCUACGAAUUGGUGUGAAUUAUUUGUUUUUAUUAGAAUCAUUUGUCUUAUCACGUUUUCAUUACGAAUUUAUACGCGUUGGAAAUUUCUUCUUUUUUUUUAUUGAACAUAAAUACAGUAUAAAAAUAUAAGAGCGUGUAAUGUCAGUGGUUUUAAAAAAAAUAAUAGAUGAUCAUCACAUAUCGUUUAUACAUAGUUACUAAUACUUUUUUUUUUUUUUUUUUCCUUUGAAACCCCUAGACAUAACUCGAGUCCGGGAUUUUUAUGGCAUCGAAAUUUUAUAAUAUGAGCGCGCUUAUUACGUCUAAUGGAAAAUUCGUCAACGCAGCAAUGUCUCUAGCAAAUAUAUAUAAACAGUGCAUAAACCGAUAUAAAAGUUAACGAAUAAAUACGUGUGUGAAUAAAUUGUGUGUGAUGUAAUCGCGGGACGAUGGGACAAUUCCAUCUUAAUCGUGCAUGAGACAGAGUGUAGUGCGGAAACUCCCAGUCAAUUGUAUGGAAACGUCCAAUCACGCUUGUACUGCAUUUGCGACAUCUUAGAGGUCUUCGGGGGAUGACAAUGGGAUUGACGGUCUUUCAAGACGACGUCAAGGUUCCACCAAAUAAAAGCAAGUUUUUAUACCGACUGCAUAUCCGGGAAGAAGUAUGGAAGGUGCUCAAGAAGAGUGAUGUUUUUUUAUUAGCUAAAAAUCUACUUCGCAAACAAAUUGUGUGCUGGAGCUGCUUCAACUAAAGAGAUGUACAGCCGAUGCAAGAACGUUUUCUAGGAUGGAACUUUCCCGCCGAGCACGCGGACCUCGUGCACCCGCAUUGGCGUGUAUUUCUCGCGCCCGGAAGAUUAUGGCAUGUCGCCCUCGCCUUCAUUUACCUUUUGCUCUUGAUGCUGUCUCUCGUUGGAAACGGCACCGUUAUUUGGAUUUUUAGCACAUCGAAAUCACUGAGGACACCAUCGAACAUAUUUAUCUUGAAUUUGGCCGUGUUCGAUCUACUGAUGGCAAUGGAGAUGCCUAUGCUGAUCGUAAACAGCUUCCUGGAGCGAACAAUUGGUUGGGAGACCGGAUGCGACGUGUAUGCUUUGUUCGGCGGGAUUUCCGGAAUGGGACAGUCAAUCACCAACGCAGUGAUUGCUUUCGAUCGAUACAGAACAAUUAGUUGUCCGAUUGACGGUAGACUAAAUGGGAAACAAGCUAUGGUGCUAGCUUUCUUUACAUGGUUCUGGACAUUACCAUUCUCGAUAUUGCCUAUGACAGGACUGUGGGGUCGCUAUGUGGCAGAGGGUUUUCUCACAACAUGCAGCUUCGAUUAUCUUACGGAUGAUGAAAAUACAAGGACAUUCGUGACAUCAAUAUUCGUUUGGGCAUACGUUCUCCCUAUGUCGCUGAUUACAUACUUCUAUUCGCAAUUGCUCAUGUCUAUUCGGGCUCACAUAAAAAUGCUCCGAAAUCAAGCUAAAAAGAUGAACGUUAAAUCACUCGCGUCGAACAAAGAGGCUAAAGAGAGGAACAUUGAAAUGAGAAUCACGAAAGCCGCAUUUACGAUAGUUUUUCUCUUUGUGCUUGCAUGGACACCGUAUGCGGCUGUCGCUUUAAUUGGGGCCUACGGAAAUCGCGAAAUACUUACUCCAUUGUCAACUAUGUUACCAGCCAUAUUCGCCAAGAUUGUGUCGUGCAUCGAUCCAUGGAUAUACGCAAUCAAUCAUCCUAGGUAUCGACAAGAAUUGGAAAAGCGCUGCAAAUGGAUGGGAAUUCAAGAAAAAAUGGUCGAAGAUACUGUAUCGACACAGACGGAGAAAGUGAAUACGGAAGAGACAUAAUUUCAUUGUUGAUCAACGCUAUUUAUGACUGUUGUCGAGAGGAUAUUGAUCAAUCGUAUUUGCAUUUGUACCACAAAUGCAACUUUAACCGGUCGCCUAGAUAUCUUUUUUUUUUAAACACGUCUCGUUAAAAAGUUAACUAGAUGGAAACUCCAUUCUAUGAAAAAAAAAAUAUGAUAUGAUAAAAAAACUAUGCAAAUUCUAUAAAAUAAAAAAACUUGUUUAGUUUAUGUAUAUCAAGCUAUUACUACAAAAAUAUAAUCAAAGCAAAUAUAAAAA